AUGGAUUACGUUCUUGGCAAAGGAGAAAGGAAGAUGGUCACCUUUAGGCAGCUUGAGAUACUGUUUGGGUUCACUAUGGAGAAGGAAACCUAUGGAACAUCAAGGAAGAUGAACUCCAAAGAGUAUGGGCUACAAUCGCUGAAGAGGGGCUCUUGCAAACACCUUCUUUGCAAGGAAAGCCACUGGACAAUCAAUGAAGGAGAAGUGAAGCUCCUUGACAUGGGAAUCAAGCCUAUCAUCUCACGCACAAGGGAUGGGAAGAAGAUCAGAGGAGAUAGGGCACAUGCAGGAAACCUCAUGCCUCUCCUUGAGCAGCUACUCGCCUACAAGGUCACGGCCUACAACACUAGGUUCCAAACGGGAAGAAAGCUUAGUGUUGGAGGGUGA